AUGGAUCUCGCCGUGGGGGCCAUGGGCUCCCUCCUCCCCAAGCUGCUCGAGGUCAUCAAGGACGAGUACAACCUACAGAAGGAAUUUAAGGAAAAGAUCAAGUCCUGCUCUGCUGAGCUAAAAGCUAUGCAAGCUGCCCUUGGCAAGGUGGCAGAGGUGCCGCGGGAUCAACUCGAUCCCGAGAUCAAGGUUUGGGCUGACCAAGUUAGAGAGCAGUCUUACGAAAUGGAGGACGUCAUCGACUCUCUCCUGGUGCGUGUUGUGGGCUGUGACUCCAACCCCAAUGAUCAUCAGAACAGGCUCAAGAAGCUCUGGGUCAGCUUCAGGGAUCUGUUUAAAAAGGGCAAGGAUAAACAUAGGAUUUCCACAGAUGUCAAAGAGAUUGAGAAGCAGUUGCAAAAAGUCGCCACCCAACACGAAAGGUUUAAAACUCCUAAUCUACCUGCAGUCACAAGGGACCCUCUUAAUCCUCUCUUGGAGGUUCUCUAUGGAGAUAAGAAGAAUAUCAUCGGCCUAGAGGAAGCACGGAACGAUAUUAUCAAGAAGAUCACCGAGGGGGACUGUAAGAAACUCAAGACACUCUCUAUUGUUGGAUUUGGAGGAUUGGGAAAGACUACGCUUGCCAAAGAAGUAUAUGAUGCCCUUGCAACAAAAUUUGAACACAAAGCAAUUGUGUCUGUGUCUCGGAAUCCCGACAUACAGAAAGUAUUAAGCGAUCUUCUCUUUAAACUUGACCAGAAAAUACACGCUAGUCAUAAUGCAGAAAUUUUGGCAGCAGGGAAGCUCAUCUUCCUAAUCAGAGGAUUACUUAGCAACAAAAGGUACUUUAUAAUUAUCGAUGAUUUAUGGGAUAAAAAAGCAUGGAAAGAAAUCAGGUAUGCACUUGAGGACAAUGAGUGUGGAAGUAUAAUAAUCACUACAACCCGCCAUGUUGAGAUCUCUAAAGAAUGUUGCCCUUCUAAAGAUUAUAUGAUUCAUAAGAUGAAAUCUCUCUCUGAUGAUGACUCGCAAAAACUUUUCUAUGGAAGAAUAUUUCCAAGUGAGGUGUGUCCUUCUCGGUUUGAGCAAGUAUCCAAAGAGAUCUUGAAGAAAUGUGCAGGGGUACCAUUAGCCAUCAUUAGUCUGGCUAGUUAUUUGGCUAACAAUCAGAACAGAGACCGAACUGAUAAAUGGAAAGAUUUGCUCAAUUCCAUUGGCAGUGGACUUCAAAAUGGUGAUGAUCAUGUGGACGAGAUGAAGAGGAUAUUAUUAUUGAGUUAUUAUGAUCUCCCUUCCUAUUUGAAAACAUGCUUUUUGUAUCUAAGUAUCUUUCCUGAAGAUCAUCAUAUUAGCAAAGAUCGGUUGAUAAGGAGAUGGAUUUGUGAAGGUUUUAUCCAAGUAAAAGGUCAAACCAGUCUGCUUGAGCUUGGAGAUGCCUACUUCAACGAGUUAGUAAACAGGAACAUGAUCAUGCCGAUAAGCAUACAUGAUGGUAGGGUUGAAGCUUGUUGUGUACAUGAUAUAAUGCUGGAUCUUAUAUGUGAAUUAUCAAGCCAAGAAAACUUUGUUACUGUACUGGAUUUUAUCAAGGGAGACACACCUUUGGAAAAGAAGUUCCGCAGGUUGUCCCUCCAAAAGGGCAUGACAGAUCCCACCACUACUCGGAAGGCUACCACAAACAUGUCACAAGUGAGGUCUUUUACCGCUUUUAGUCCUGCUGUCAGUGAGAUUCCCUCUCUUUCUAGAUUUCAAGCUUUGCGUGUAUUGGAUCUGGAAGGUUGUGAUCUUGGAGGAAGUCCUGGUGUUGACCUUAGACCUGUUGAGAACUUGUUACAUUUGAGAUACCUAGGGUUAAGGGGUACAAAUGUUGGCAACCUCUCGAUGGAAAUGGCAAAGCUACAUUUUUUGCAGACACUAGACUUGCAACGAACCAAUUCGAAUGAAUUGCCCUCCAGUGUUGUUCAGCUGGGGCAUUUGAUGUGCCUAAUCCUUGAUAAAGGCAUGCCACUGCCAGAAGGGUUCAGGAACCUGACAUGCCUUGAACAGCUGACAGGAGAUGGGGUGGGCAUUUUUUCUGCAGACAGCGCAAAAGAGCUGGGCGAUCUGAUCAGGCUAAGGGAGCUCGCCUUUAAGUGGGAUUCAAGGAGAAAAAAUCCUAGACGAUUAUUUCCGAAGCCGGACGAUCUAAGGAGAAUUGAUGAACCUUUGACUCAUUUCAUAUAUGGUAGUCUGAGAGAAAAUAAAGGUGUGCUUGAUUCCCUAGACAAACACCUGACAAUUGAUAAAGCUUUGAUUGAAUCCCUAGGCAAUCUGCCAGAACUCAGGAGUCUGGAGAUCACCUCUGCUGGUCCUUGGGAUGCCAACCUUAUGCAGGAUUGGGUGCCCUCUCCAAACCUCUGCAGGUUUAAAUAUGACGGACUUCUCGAGAGCUUGCCUGCAAAGAUUUGUUCUUCGUCACUUCCCCAACUCUCCAACCUAUAUCUUCAUGUCAAUAAAGUGCGCCCAGAGGAUAUCCAGAUCCUUGGGAUGCUGCCAGCUCUCCAUUAUGUCACCCUCAUGUCCGAUCUAGGCGAUGGCAAGAACACAGUGGAACAGUUGGUGCUUGGUGCCGCUGCCUUCCCCAGAGUGAGAGUGUGCCUUUUCCGUGAUCUUCUACUGGUGCACCCUACCUUCCAACUAGGAGCUAUGCCAAUGGUGCAACGCCUUCGCUUCGGUCUCCGAGUGAAUGACAUCCUCAGCCAUGACUUCGAUUUGAGCAUACGGAACCUUCCUUCACUCAAGCAACUCAGAAUUGACCUUUUGAAUAAGGAAGUCGGCCCUGAAGAUUAUUCCCAAGCCGUGAACGUGCUGAGGUGUGUGGCGAACGACCAUCCCAAAAAUCCCACCGUUCAUGCUGAUAAAUACUUCCGAAUGACAUGA